UUUGUCGGAUUUCUCUUGCUCUGUAAAAGAUGUUGACAAAUUCAAAUCUGCUGCUCGCCGUGUUGUUCCUGUUCAGACCUUUACAUGAACACAGAGUCUUUUAUAACGUGUCUGUACUUCAUGAGUUUCUGACAACAGACUGUUUACAUCUUAAUUAAACAUCCGGGUAUUUAUGUGACUAAUUUGCUAACUAAGGGAACUACAAGGACUACAACUACCAGGAGGAACGUCAUGCUAGCUUGAAUAAUGAAUGACUGUGGAGCUGACAGCUGACCUCGGACAGUGAUGAAUGCUGGGAGGUUACAGCUGAAGGUGAAGAGAGUCUCCUCCAGGAAGAGGUCCAGGGACAGCCUGAAGACCUACCUGACCCCUGCCAGUAAGAGAGGAGGGGGUCCCUGUCCCCAGCAAUGUCCCACAGCCUGCAGGGUCAGCAGCAUGAUGGCUGACACACCACCUGUGGAGUUCUGCAGCGACAGUGAGGACCUGUUUGGGGACUAUGACAGCAUCCUGGAGGACAGCUCUCUCCUGGCGAAGCUGGACGAUGCCGAGCAGAACGAGAGGCAGCGAAACGUCCAGACGUCGGCUCAGAACGGCGACGCGGAUCAGCCGGACUUCACCGGUCUGCGGGCGACAAAGGACGGCGUGCAGAAACGAGUCUCUGAGGACGUCCUCUCAGACUCCAUCCUGGACGGACUCACAGACGAACCCUUCGAGGACUUACCGCCGAGCCAGCUUCUGUUUCAGGAACAAAUGAAGGAGAGCGUGAAGAGGAGCAGACUGCAGGAUGGAGAGACCACCUCCACGCCUUCCAAAAACACAGAGAGGAACACAGAGAGGAACACAGAGAGGAACACAGAGAGGAACACAGACAGGAACACAGACAGGAACACAGAGAGGAACACAGAGAGGAACACAGACAGGAACACAGAGAGGAACACAGAGAGGAACACAGAGAGGAACUCAGAGAGGAACUCAGAGAGGAACACAGAGAGGAACACAGAGAGGAACACAGAGAGGAACACAGACAGGAACACAGACAGGAACACAGACAGGAACACAGAGAGGAACACAGAGAGGAACACAGAGAGGAACAGGGAGGAUGAAUCAAAGAGGACGUCGAGGAGGAGCGUGGCCGACCAGCUGAAGAGGACGAUGCUUUGCAACGCCGCCUCUCCCUCCAGUGUUUCUCGGACCGCCGUGUUGAAGGAAGCCGUGGUCUCUGAGGAGAUCAGCGUCGCCAUGCAGGCCAUGGAGACCGUCUCUUCUCAGACCACCGACCUGGGGCCUUUCUUUGGACUCCCCUCCAAAGUAAAAGACCUGAUGCACAAACUGAGAGGGAUCCAGACUUUAUACGACUGGCAGGAGACGUGUCUGAACCUGGACUGCGUUCAGCGGAGGAGGAACCUGAUCUACUCCCUCCCGACCAGCGGGGGGAAGACCCUGGUGGCAGAGAUCCUGAUCCUCAGAGAGCUGCUGUGCAGGAAGAAGGACUGUCUGUUCAUCUUACCGUACAUCUCUCUGGUGCAGGAGAAGGUGCGUGGGUUGGCGAGCUUCGGCCUGGAGCUGGACUUCAUGGUGGAGGAGUACGCCGGCAGUAAAGGAAGGUUCCCUCCUGUGAAGAGACGGAACAACAAUUCUCUCUACAUCGCCACCAUCGAGAAGGCCCACAGCCUGGUGAACUCUCUGAUCGAGACGGGCCGGAUGGAGAACCUGGGUCUGGUGGUGGUGGACGAGCUCCACAUGUUGGGGGACGGCAGCAGAGGAGCCAUCAUCGAGAUGACUCUGAGCAAAGUCCUCUACACCAGCCGAGCGACUCAGAUCAUCGGGAUGAGCGCCACGCUGGGGAACAUCAAAGACCUGCAGACGUUCCUGAAGGCUGAAAACUACACCAACGACUUCAGACCGGUCCAGCUGAAGGAGUACGUCAAACUGAACGACUCCAUAUAUGAAGUGGACCCGAGGGAGGAGGACUGUUUCAGGUUCUGCAGACCUCUGAACUUUAAGUACUCCAGCGGGAUGCAGAAACUGGACCCGGACCACAUCAUCGCUCUGGUCACAGAGGUCAUCCCGACUCACUCCUGCCUGGUUUUCUGUCCCACGAAGAAGAACUGUGAGAACGUGGCGGGGAUGAUCUGCAAAUACCUGAAAGAGGACUUCCUGCAGCACCGGCAGGAGGAGAAGUCGGUCCUCCUGCAGCACCUGAGGGACAGCGGGAACGGCUCUCUGUGUCCGGUGCUCAGGAGGACGGUGCCGUACGGUUUGGCGUAUCAUCACAGCGGUCUGACCUCGGAGGAGAGGAAGCUGGUGGAGGAGGCGUACUCCAGCGGGGUCCUGUGCCUGCUCGCCUGCACCUCCACACUGGCUGCAGGCAUCAACCUCCCUGCACGCAGAGUGAUCCUGCGCUCGCCGUACGUGGCCGCAGACUUCCUGAAGAGGAGUCAGUACAAACAGAUGGUGGGUCGGGCGGGUCGGGCCGGGAUCGACACCGUGGGGGAGAGCAUCCUCAUCCUGCAGGAGAAAGACAGGAACAUGGCGAGGACUCUGGUCUGCGCCCCGAUGGAGAAGUGUUUCAGUAACCUGAUGCACGACGAAGGAAAAGGCCUCCUCAGUCUCAUCCUGUCACUCGUGGGAUUGAACAUCACCUCGUCGUGCGACCAGGUGAGGGACUUCCUGAGGGGGACUCUGCUGUACGUGCAGCAGGAGCAGACGUGUGUGAGGAGGAGUCUGUGGGAGGAGGUGCAGCAGUGUGUGGACGUCCUGAAGGAGAAAAACCUCAUCACGGUGUCUGCAGACGGUCAGACUCUGCAGGUCACCCAGCUGGGGAAGGCUACGUAUAAAGGCUCUGUGGAUCUGACCUACAGUGAAGUCCUCUACGGAGACCUCUCUAAAGGUCUGGAGGGUCUGCUGCUCAACAGUAACCUGCACCUGGUCUACCUGGUGACCCCGUACGACAUGAUCUCUCAGUGCAAACCGGACUGGAUGACGUUCUUUAGACAGUUCACGCUGCUGUCGGCCUCAGAGCAGAAGAUGUCUGCUGCUGUCGGAGUGCCGGAGAGCUUCGUGGCGAGAAAAGCUGCAGGGCAGACGGUGAAGAAGACGGCGAACAUGGAGGUGGUGAGCAGGAUGUACCUGGCUCUGGUCCUCUUCUCCCUCCUGAAGGAGACCAACCUGUGGAGCGUGGCCGAACGCUUCCAGCUGAGCCGAGGAUUCAUCCAGACUCUGCUCAGCUCCUCCUCGGCCUUCUGCUCCUGUGUGCUGCACUUCACUGAGGAGCUGGAGGAGUUCUGGCCGUUCAGAGCCCUGCUGAGCGAGCUGACGAAGAGGCUGAGUUACUGCGUGAGAGCCGAGCUCAUCCCUCUGAUGGAGGUGGCCGGGGUCAUGGAGUUUCGAGCGAAGCAGCUUCACGACGCCGGAUACAAAUCUCUGACUCACCUGGCGAACGCCGACCCGUCUGCUCUCUGCAGCUCCAUCGAAAACCUGUUCAAGAAACAAGCCAAUCAGAUCGUAGCCUCAGCUAAGAUGCUGCUGAAUGAGAAAGCUGCAGCUCUGCAGGAGGAAGUGGACGAGCUGCUGACGCUGCCCCUCGAUCUGCCCCGAGCUGCAGACGCCGAGCGACACUGAGGUCAUCAUGGAGGAGUUUUAUUCUCUUUGAACCUUUGAUUUUUAUCUUUUACUAGUUUAAGAUCUGUUAUUAAAAUAAUGUGAAGAACGACAGAUCAUGAUUCUCUGCUUCAUCAGCUCAUCAGUCCAGACGUGAUCCAUCAGGUCAGGGGAUUUUAGAUCUGUUAGAUCUCCACAGCUCUGACCUCCUGAAGUCAAACCUGUGACGCCUCAUUGUCUAAAACAGGAAGUGUUAUCAUCAUUAGAAUAAACGUCUGUGUCGUUACAGAGAGGAACUCAUUGAUCCUCUGUAUUAGAAUAUGUGGAUGAAGGAGAGGAGGAAACAGGAAGACCUUUUAACAAAUAAAACAACAUGAAUUAAAAACUCAAAGACAAUAAAACACUGACAAACACCUGAGUGAUGAUCGGACCUGACUUAGAAUAAGGAAGCAGGAGUUUGGAGGAUUUAUUGGUAUGAAAUAAAUAACUCAGAGCUGGACUCAAGCCUCACCUGGUCUGACUUUGGUUCAUCCCUCAGGUGAUCCAGACCCUGACCCCUCUGCUCCUCUUCCUCUCUGUGUUUUAAUGAUGUGUUCACUGACCUCAGGAGAUAUGAGACUUUAACUGAAGGCAGAUGUUCGUCCUCACGUCACAUCAGAAACAGCAGAUCGAGGAGGAGCAGGUUCUUCCUCUACAGAGACUUUAAUAAAACAUGUGUAUGAAUCUGUUUCUGGGUCAGAUCUGAGCUUCAAUAAAUAAUAAAACUUCAGUUUGAGGAAUAAAGAUUAUUCAGCUCGC